GGUGGUAAGUAACAUUUAUUUUCUCUGUAUGUUUAAUUAUAAAAAAAGAAAAGAAUUAUUCUUUGUUAAAUAUUUUUCACGAUUAUCAGUGAAACAUCAAUUCAUAUGAAUGAAUCUUUAUGGAAACGGUUACUAUCAUUAUACCGACAUUCAUCGUCAGUUGUCCACAUCUCGUAUAUGUUAUAAAACAUUAAAAACGAUGAAUUUUGAUGAAAAUUACAGAUGAUUUCUGACCGGUAUGAGAAUUGAGAUACCUUUAUUUUAUUUUUAUAGUAAAAAGGUACUAAACUUUCAACACUUUUGCUGUCUCAUAAAACUUUAUAAAAAAAUUGUUUGUUUUUUCUUUUAUUUGAAAGAAAUCUACAAGUGAAGUUUAGUUGAUGAAUAAAUCUCGAGAAAAAGACUAUAAAAGAUUGUUUGAUUUUUCAGAUAUUUGUAUUUUAGAUUUUACAGUUCAAUAAAAUUUGGUAAAAACUGUUCAUAUGGGUAACUUUUCUUUUAUGCUAAAUUCGAAUAUGAUAUUAACUUUCAUACUAGAAAAAAAAGUCUUUCUUCGAUCUUAUCAACAUCUUAAAGCUUUAUAACAUAUGCUAAUUAUGGAUACACGCGGGUGAAGGUCGGUGUAAUGAUGGUAGGCUUCACAUGGAUUCAUUCAUAUACAAAACAUUGAAUUAAAUAAUUAUAAAAAUUCAAAUGAUAAAAAAAUAUGAGAGAAUUAUUUUUUAAAUAAAUUCUUUUACAUAUUUUAGAUAAUGUAGUUAAAUCAAAAUUACAAUCAUCGUAUCGAGAAUUAGAAAAGAUCAAUCCAGAAUCCAAUACAUCUCGUUUAACAAAAAAUACUCGUAAACUUGAAAACGAAUAUAAUUUAUCACAGUCCAAAUUAAAAUUAUUACUAAGCUCUCAUCCGCCUCAAUCACAAUCAUUGUUAACAUCUCGUACAAGUUCUAAACAUACCGAUUUACAGACAUCAUUAAAUCAUUCAUCGAACGAUCGAUAUAUUCUAUUUUCAUCCGCAUAUCAACGUCAAGAAUGGAUUGAUACAAUUGAUAAAGCAAAAAAUGAAUUACUUCAACGUUCACCUCAUCAGUCAACAUCAUCAAAACAUCCCUUAUCAGAUUCUACUAUUCAGAAAAGAGUCGAUAUUAUUAAACCAUAUUCACAGGAUGGUGAAGUGAAACAAACAUUACAAUCAAAUCAUUCACAAACAGCUAAAACAUAUAGUGGAACAUUAACUAUAACAAUUCUAAGUGUUCAAGGACAAGCAUUAACGAGACAAAUUCAAAAUUUGGAUGCACGAUCUCAACAUCAAACAUUGCCACCAUCGAAACAAGAUCAACAACAAAAACAUUAUCAACUCUAUGUAGCAGUUGAAAUUGAUUCUUAUAAUACAUUUUAUCCGUAUGCCCAAACAAAACCAAAACAAAUUACAUAUUCAAAUCAACAAGGAGAUUAUGUUGAAUUUAAAGGAGAAAAAUUUGGUGUCGAAUUAGAAUAUUCACUAGCAUUUCGUUUACUUGUUUAUCGUAUGGAUUCAUCUGCUACAUCGAAUAGUGGUAGUCUACAACGACCACAAUGUAUUGGAAAAUUUCAUAGAAAUAUUGAAUCAGCUAUACGUGAGAGUGAGCGAAAUGGUGGUGGUCAAUUAUCAAUCGACUCGCCAAACGGUGAUUUAAAAUUAAAAAUUCAACUUAAAUAUGAAAAACGAGAAGGAACAUUUAAACGACGAAAAUCAAAGCGAAGUUUAGCUGUAUUCGGAAGAUCUAUUGAAAAAUUUUCAAAUAUUCAAGAUGGAACGUAA